UACAGAAAAAGAACUGAGGUGAGAAGGGUGGUGUAAUAAAGUAGGAAAAUGAUGUAAUAAUUAAUAAUACCUUAAGUUUUCUUUUUAUAGGAUUUUUGUUUAAUGUAUACUUUUUUAUGUAUUUCUGCUUUUCCUCCCAAGGCACAUCUUCACAAUGAAAUCUUCACAAGCUCAGAACCAUCAACUUGUUACACUGUGCUCCUCCAGUGCCCAGUUCACAGGAAGCACUCAAGAGUAGGAUCAAUUGUUAUCAGCCUUUACCAGAUUAUUGAAUAGACAGUAGUUACAUGAAACUGACACUCAGUUCUUCAUGGCCCACGAUAGUUCUUAUAUCCAGAAAACUUACUUAGAUUAUCAACUAUGACUCCAUAAGACAACUUUGCGAAGUCUUGGCUCAUAACUAUGUAAGCAAUAAGAUAAGUCAGUUUUCAUUUCUCGCUUGUUACUUACAAGUAAAUAGCCCUGCAGCUCAGAUGAGCUACAGAUUAACUAUAGGUAAUCACUUUAGCGAUUCUGCUUUACCCAUGCCCAAAAUGUUAGAAAAGAACCGGACAGAUCAUUAAAUUUUGAGAUUUGCUUUUUAAAAUGCGGGUUCCAUAAAGUUAUGUUGUUUUGCUUAUAUAUAAAGAAGCAAAUGCCUUCUUAGAUACUUACUUUAAAAUUCUAGUUUCCUUACCAUGUAUUAACCAGAUAAUCUGUCAUUUUUUAAAUUCUGAAAUUGUACAUAUAUAAUGUACAUCUCUGUGCCUGAAAGCUACAUUUGGAAUUAGAAGGUGUGUCAAGGUAGAGCAAAAUCACCCAGUCCAUUCCUUCCAACUCCCUAGAAAUCUACUCUGUUUGGUUUCCUCUUGAUGGUCUUUAAUUAACAUUAAGUAUAUCACAUAGGUAUCAAAUAAAAUUUAAAAAAAGAUAAAAGAGAAGUGAUUCAAAAUUCAAGUGUUUAAACACUUUAUGAAUCCUCCCGUUGUUCUUGACACAUUUUUAAAAUUUCAUUUUAAUUCAGAUCAUUAGGGAUGAAAUUCUUCUGAACUGUAGCAUUUUAUUUCUUUUGGGAGGAAGGGGCUAAACUUGGCAUAAUUAUAUGAGACUAUACUAUAAAAGAAACCAGAUCUAAUAUAAGGACAUCAAUACUUAGUUAUUAAUUCAUUUGCUUAUAUUUAUGUAUAUGUCAUUUGACAAAUGUGUAUUAAUAUACACAAUUAAAGGGAUAUAAAAAUGAACAUGCCCCCUCUAUUUCUUUAAAAGAAAUCAAGACUGAAUCAAACAGGACUGCUGUUCUGAAAGAAUACGCAGACUAUCAGGUACCUUAUUUUCCUUCUUUUACACCUGUCUUUCAGUUGGCUUCAAAAAAUCACGGUUUUUACUGUGUUUCUUUUUUCCUUUAUGUCUUUCUUUUGAGGGAAAUGAAAAAUUGAGAAAGGAAAUUAUUGUUUUAUAAGUGGGUAGGUUUGUAUACAUCUUUCACAGUCAAAUAUUUUUCUAUGCCUUAUGAGUUUAAAAAAUAAAUUUAGAAAGUUUGAUAAACACGUGAAUUUUUUAUUUUAUGUUAUUUUAUGAGAUGAGGGCUUGCAAUGUUAUCCAGGCUGUCCUGGAACUCCUGGGCUCAAGCUAUCCUCCUGCUUCAGCCUCCCAAGUAGCUGGAACUACAGGUGCAUGUGACGGCGCCUACUGAGAAAUUUUUACUAUCAACCUAAAAUUUAGUAAGUUCUGGUCAAAUGUGAGGAAUGUUUAAUAUAUUAUUUAGAUUAUUUUUGUGUCAAGGUAACUUGAUCACCUAUCAAUAAUGCUUAUAAGAAAAUAGAUAUCUCAUCUGUUGCUGUUAGAAAGGAUCUGUCUCUUUCCGCAAUUCUUGCUUCAAUGAGGUUUCCUUGACCCAGAGUCUGGUCCUCACAUUUUAGAUUCAGCUUUAGGAAUUUUGUUCAGGAACUGCAUCACACUACCCAAAAUCAAAAGAGGAAAAUGCAUAAGCCAGAAUACCUAAACAUUCGUUUAUUUAAACUUCAAAAUGUAACUGCAAAAGGAGCCAAGAACUUUACUACUCAACACAUUUCUUCUUUGUAGAAAUAACUGCUCAAGAAGAUAAAUUAUUACCUAACAGUUAAUUGAUGAAUAUGAAAUCAGAGCAAGAGGGGCUAAUUAGAGAUUUUACUAGCUAGGGCUAUUUACCCAAACCAUCUAUCCAGACUGUAGACAUAGAAUCACCAGGUGACUAGGAUCCUGGGGCAGCUGGUUCCCUUUUUUCCUUACCCUGAAUGUCAUUAAGGAUGCAUUGCCAAAUGCUGCCCCUCUGGCCUGAUGACUACACUCCGUAUUGGUUACCUGCCUUCUUUUUCCUACAGUCUUUCUCCAGACAGGCAUACCAUACAACUGACUACACUUGGGCUCACUGAAUGAAUCACAUUCUUCUGCUCUGCCUCCCAGAGAUUUCAUCAAAGCACCGGCAGUGGCCUUCUGGAAGCUCCUCAAACUCUCCACUCACAUGUUUCCUGCAAGUGUAGUGUUUCUCACCUCUAGAUUGUUAUUCUCAUCAGUUACAUGUGAGUUUCACAAAUUUAUUUCUCAGAGUGCAGGUCUGUCUCUUACAUCCUUGGGAAACACUGCUUAAUAUCCCAACUGGUAUUGACAACAAUUAAACUAGGCACUGGCCAAAAACAGUGCCUUUCCUCACUUUAAUCUCAGUAAAGUAGAUAAGCCUCGAGUUAUUUUGUUAUUGCAAUGGCACUGACAAAUGUUUGCACCAAAAACCAUGUUGAAGUUCGUUAAGGAAACUGUGAUCCAAGAUUCAAGGUCAAGAAGACAAAUUCAUCGAUUCAGCACACCACCAAUUCACAGGCUAAGCAUCUUACUGUGAAUUCGUUGAUGCUGCCAUUUGUCAAGUGCCAAACUGAAUUACUGAUUUGUCAAUAAUUUCUUUCUGUUGGUUACUUACAUAGUAUAUUGCAAUUCUUGUUGCUGAAGUUAGCUACCCUUUUUCUAUUCGAAAAAUAAUUUCUUGCAUUUGGGAUUUCAGGUAUAGCGAUUGUUACAAAUAUGAAGGACUGAAUUAACAGCAAGUUUUCAAGUAAAACUUUACUUAUGUGUAACUGAAUGAGUUAUUGAAGACAUUUACUAACAAUUUUCCACAAACUAAAAAUUUAUAAAACAAUAAAUAAAAUAGACUUUUUAAAAAGUGUGUCACAUAGUUACUUGUUUGUUUGUUUGUGUGUUUGUUUAGUUUUUUCACUAGUGAAAUGGUGAAAAAUCAGACAACGGUCACAGAGUUCCUCCUGCUGGGAUUUCUCCUGGACCCAAGGAUUCAGAUGCUCCUCUUUGGGCUCUUCUCCCUGUUUUAUGUCUUCACCCUACUGGGGAAUGGGACUAUCCUGGGGCUCAUCUCACUGGACUCCAGACUCCACACCCCCAUGUACUUCUUCCUCUCACACCUGGCUGUCGUCAACAUCACCUAUGCCUGCAACACGGUGCCUCAGAUGCUGGUGAACCUCCUGCAUCCAGCCAAGCCCAUCUCUUUUGCUGGCUGCAUGAUGCAGACCUUUCUCUUUUUGAGUUUUGGACAUAGCGAAUGUCUCCUGCUGGUGGUGAUGUCCUAUGAUCGUUAUGUGGCCAUUUGCCACCCUCUCCAAUAUUCCGUCAUCAUGACCUGGAGAGUCUGCAUCACCCUGGCCAUCACUUCUUGGACAUGUGGCUCCCUCCUGGCUCUGGUCCAUGUGGUUCUCAUCCUAAGACUGCCCUUCUGUGGGCCUCAUGAAAUCAACCACUUCUUUUGUGAAAUCCUGUCUGUCCUCAGGCUGGCCUGUGCUGACACCUGGCUCAACCAAGUGGUCAUCUUUGCAGCCUGUGUGUUCAUCCUGGUGGGGCCGCUCUGCCUGGUGCUGGUCUCCUACUCGUGCAUUCUGGUGGCCAUCCUGAGGAUCCAGUCUGGGGAGGGCCGCAGAAAGGCCUUCUCCACCUGCUCUUCCCACCUCUGUGUGGUGGGACUCUUCUUUGGCAGUGCCAUCGUCAUGUACAUGGCCCCCAAGUCCCGCCAUCCUGAGGAGCUGCAGAAGGUCCUUUUUCUAUUUUACAGUUUUUUCAACCCAAUGCUGAACCCCCUGAUUUACAGCCUGAGGAACAUAGAGGUCAAGGGUGCCCUGAGAAGAGCACUGUGCAAGGAAAGUCAUUCCUAACAGGCUGUGACAUUUGAACUGCCAACCUCCGUUGUCACCUGCACUCUUGAUGCCCAAUUAUUGCAUCGAUCCAGAAAAGUUUAUUACUUUCUUUUUAUCUGUGCUUUACUGACAAAAGGGCAAGCCUUUUCUCUUUUUUUGCAGAUAAAAUUUUAGAUAUGUUGCAUUCAUUGGGUUUCUAUGAGACGUGGUUUUAUCAGAUGAUUUUUUCUUUUAUUUCACAAUUACUUUAAUAUCUGUAAACUAAAAAAUUAUUUUAAUUCAUUAUCCCAGUCCCAAAAGUUAAAUGCAGGCCACUUACUUCUUUAACCAAAUGAUACAGUUUGGCUCUGUGUUCCCACCCAAAUCUCAUGUCAAAUUGUAAUCCCUGUAAUCCCCACAUGUCAGGGGAGGGGCCUGGUGAGAGGUGAUUGGAUCAUGGGGAGGGAUUUCCCCCUUGCUGUUGUCCUUAUAGUGAAUGAGUUCUCACAAAAUCUGAUGGUUUAAAAGUGCAGCACUCCCCUCUUUGUUCUCUCUCUCCUGCUCUGCCAUGGUAAGACGUGCCUUGCUUCCCCUUUGGCUUCUACCAUGAUUGUAAGUUUCCUGAGGCCUCUCCAGCCAUGUGGAACUGUGAGUCAAUUACACCUCUUUUCUUUA